CAUGCAGUGGUCCUUAAAAUGCCAGGUCUAGUGACAAGAUUCCAACUGCCUGUCCAAUCUGUGAGUCAAAGCCGGAAAGUGUCUAACAACUAUAAGGAGUUCUGUCCACAGUCAUGGAGGUCCAGCCAAUUAAUGUAAACAAAUGGAUAGAAGAGAACAAAGCCUUUUUCUUACCACCUGUCUGCAACAAACUCAUGCACAAUGAUCAGCUGAAGGUAAUGUUUGUCGGAGGCCCGAACCAAAGGAAAGAUUAUCACAUUGAGGAGGGAGAGGAGUUAUUUUACCAGCUGGAAGGGGACAUGUGUCUGAAGAUCAUUGAGAAUGGAGAACACAAAGAUAUCCACAUCAAAGAAGGAGAGAUGUUUCUGCUGCCGGCUCGAAUUCCGCACUCUCCACAAAGGUUCUCGAACACCGUGGGCCUUGUGUUCGAGAGGAGGAGGUUAGAAACUGAAACGGAUGGCCUACGGUAUUAUGUUGACAACUCCACAGAGGUUUUGUUUGAGAAGUGGUUUUACUGUGAAGACCUGGGAAAGCAGCUUGCUCCAAUUAUUACUGAAUUUUUCAACUCAAAACAAUAUAAAACUGGAAGGCCAGACCCAGAUUGGACCCCGCAUCUCCCUUUCCCUCUCAACACUGAAAAAGUAAUGGAACCAUUUUCAUUUCAAAGCUGGCUGGAUAAACAUCGGUUAGAAAUCAUUCAGAAGAAAUACUUACGUCUAUUUGCAGAUGAUCAGGAGACAGAGGCUGCAAUGUAUGGAUCAGGAGAAAGCAAACAUGAAGCAUCAGACACAGACACAUGGAUUUGGCAAAUGGAGGGAUCAUCUGUUAUAUUUCUUGGUGAUAAAGGUGUGCCAUUGUCCAAUGGACACAGUCUUCUCGUCCCAGAAAGGAGCCAGUUUUUCUGGAUGAGAGAAGAGGGGAGCAUUGCCUUCUGCGUUCGCCAGGAUCGCGCUAGAAGGAAAAGAUAUAAUUAAUCAUUUGAUCGCAGUGUUUUCAGAAGAGAGCAGCUGCAUGUUCAUCAUGGCACUGGAGCUGUACAGCACGCUCAUGAAUAAAUCUGAUCACUGAUAAUGUAUUGCCUUAAUAUUCUUCUAUUAAGUAUAUGGAGAUUAAAGAAACAUUAUUUAGCUACAUACAGAAGUGAUAAAGUCUCAGCUUCUAUUGUAACAUAUAUACUGUGUAUAGAAGACGGUGCAAACAAUACUGCCUGCCAAGUGUUUUGUGUUGAUAAUGUGGA